AUGUCUGAGCUCAACGGGUACAUUAUCAGAGCAGAGGUGCACGAUCCUCCAGCCUGGGGCUAUGCCGUUUACAGGACCGCCUACGGCGCGGCGACCGACGAGCCCUGGCGGCUACUUCUCGAGGCCAUCCGUACCGAGGUUCGGAGAGACGUGCUCAGCCUCCGGAUCCCCCGCGGGGGGAACCCGUCCCGCUACUCGGACGAGGAGACGCAGAGAUGCGAAGAAUUCUUGUCGCUGCUCACACUUGAUACCAAGGAGGACCAGAGCACUCUGCAAGGCGCGUCCAUGGACCGCGUACGGGAAAUAAUCAAAGAAACCGACCCGCUGCCGACCGAGGACGAGUGGCUCCUCGACGGCACCUUGACGACACGGCAAGGCGUCUUCCUGUACGUCGACGACGAGGUGCUGGAGUCAGUGGCGGCGGCGGCGGCGGCCCAGACUCCAACUCCAACUGGCGGCUCUUGUGCUGCUGCUCCGUGGAUCAAGAUGGUGGAGCUCGACUACGAACCAGAGAAGCACAAGGGAAACAUACGCGUCGGCCCUCAAUACUACUUUGGGUGGAUGAAGGUGUCUACUGAUAGCUUUUUCCAACUGUGGUCGGCACAAGAGGGCAAGUAUCUGUGGUCAUUUGCACCACCGAGCACAGAUGAGAGAACGCUGCCAAUAUGGAAUGGGAUUGGGAUGACACCAACCGACUGUAGGGGGAAGAGAUGA